CCAUUUUACAAUUUUUUUUUUCAAAGGCGCACAGUAAAAAUGACUUAGCAAGUUUACCGUUUCAACGGCAGCGUGAGUAAUCGAACCGCGAUAUAUCGAUUCUAAGAUCGAUGCUCAAUUCUCAUUGGCUAGUAAUUGGAAGAACUCGCUUAUCGUGACACGAAAGUAUCGAAGCAGUAAUUUUAAUAGCUCACACAGACAAACAUAGAUUACAGUAUGUACACAACUUUAAAUGAAACUGAAAAAUCAUUCAGUUAUUUAUUUAUGCUUGUAACAUAUUUAUCACUGCAAAUAUUACUAAAUCAAUUUAAGUCUAAUUAGAACAGCGUGCUAACUCUAAUUGGAUAAGCUGUUAAAUGUGUUUCAUGCCACAUUGUCAGCGAGCUGUCACAGGACUUAGCCACAAAACGCUUAGAAUAUUGAUGCAAAAUAAAUUGGAAAAUGUGUGGCAGUCACGCCAAAAACUGUUGCAUAUGCGCAACAAUUGUGGAGCUCGAAAUCUAGCCCCACACACCCACUGACUUUCCCCUGCAGUUACCGUUUUUAUGGUAAAUAUGAGGCGCAGGCGCCAGCCAUAAACAAAACAAAUAACUGUUGCGCCCAGCGCAACAUUGCUGCCAAGCUAACAGCAACAUUGUUGCCAAGCCAACAGCAACCUUGUUGCCAAGCAAACAAGCAACAGUUUCUUGCAUGACUUCCGCUUGGAAAACUUUUGCUAUUUCUAUUUCUAUAAUUUUUACGACUAUCGAUUGACCUAGGCCUAGGCGCAGCGGGUCGUUCAACUUGCUGGGAAAACCAGUUGCAGUUGGACAUAAUAAAUAUUAAAGGCAAAUUAAUGUCGAUAACCGCAAGCAGCGCCAAGUGCUCAGUGAAGCUGAAAAGUUAAGCUAUUUCGGACUGCAUUUAUAAAUCUGGCAGUGCACAGCUCUGUUAAGACUUCUGGAAAAUGUGGCAGUUGGCAUUGGGACUGCUGUUGCAGCGGCUGAGUGUCGCAUCCGCCAUUGUUGUGGAGCGCAACAUGUUUGCCUACUACAAACUGCCGUUGCGGCUGCUCCACACAAACGAGUCCACUUCCGGUCUGUACUAUGUGCUGCAGUGUCCGCCAAAGCUGGACCAGGUCAUACCCAAGCUCAGAGACAUGCAAACCUGCAGUGUGGUGGAUCAGUACAGGGACAAGACCAGACCCAAAUCCAAGAAGUUGCAAACCGCUCGCACCAUGCUUCGGCCUCUGCCCCCAACAACCGUUAAGCGCACGCGCUGGGGCUGGCGCCAGCGACGCAGUAAGCGACAUAACCAGGACAUGGCGCUGCAGGAUGAAGCAACACCGCUGCAGCAUCUCGGCCAGCCGCACCGACGGCAAACCCAGCUCAAGCUGGCCGCCGAUUAUCGGAAUUUCAGGCGCGGCAACAGCUCCAAAGGCUACCAGCACAUGUACCACCGCGAUGAGAGCUACAACGAUCACAUCUUCUACGAUGAGCUUCAAUUGGAUGGCAAGUUCCACAAGCAGGGCAAACGGAAGACUGCGAACUGAAAGAAUCGACUUAUGCGCACUCUGAAUACCCU